AUGAAAGCAAUUUACUUGAUUUUCCUGCUUGUCGCCAGCACCUUCGUUUGCGCCAGUGCAAGUGAGCAAGUUAUUGGUACAAUUGCAUCAAAUGCUACGAUUUUGGGCAUGACUACAGUACAAAAACGCUUUCGUUUGGGCCAAGUGGUGACGGCUACUUAUACUUUUACCGGUGCUACUACUACCGCUGUUGUCACGGGCAUCAAGAUAAGUGACAACAAGCGUGCGGGGAAGAGUCCUGCUGUCGCAAUUACAAGCGGUGCACUAAACUCAAGCACCGUCACGCUGACGUUCACAUCACAACGCGGCUUUGGAAUUAAUAGUCAAGUUACCGUCUAUGGCACGGCAUAG